AUGCCUGCACUGAUCGAAAACACCGAAGAUUGGACUCCGGAAGAUCAACGUCAAAAAAUUAGUGAACUUGACGAUAAUGUGGUGGAUGUUACAGGUUAUUCGACAUCAUAUAUACGAACCACCUUUAUGUACAUUGGCAUCAUUUUCACCUGUGGACUGCUGAGACUUGUCUUUCACUGGUUCCCUCAUUGGAUGCUGAUGUGCAUGAAUAAGGAAUGUGCUUUAAUAAAAGCCGAGAAGAUACUUGUCAAAGAUGUCCACGGUGUUCGCUAUAUACAUGACGUGGUUGUUGAAAUAAUUGGAACAGCAAAUUGUGCUAAACCCUUGUACGUUCGAAAAACUGCCUCGUUCAUGCUGUCGCAAGUGUCAUGUUCUGAAAAAGAGGGCAAGAUGAUGUGUUACUUUGUUCAUAAAUGUGUAAAGUAUGUAUGGGACAGCAAGACUAAUCGCUUUGAGCUUCCAAGGGGCUGGCAUGAAACUACAUAUGAAGAAAUUCUGGAUUCUAAGCCUUUGAAUAACGAAACAGUCCUUAUGAAUCGUGCGUUGUAUGGAAUGAAUGAAAUAAGUAUCAAUCUUACUUCAAUUGUCAGGCUACUACUUGAUGUGUGCUUGAAUCCAUUCUACUGUUUCCAAAUAUUCAGUUGUAUUUUGUGGUAUUCUGAUGAGUACUGGAUGUACGCUACUUGUAUUGUUGUUAUUUCAAUUAUGUCACUAUCAUGGCAAGUUUAUGAACUACGUAGAAACGAAAAGACUCUUAAAGAAACUAUGUGUAUAUCCUCUUCUGUAAUCGUUUAUCGAGAAGAAGAUGGGAUUAAAGAAUUCAAAGAAGUGGAUUCCAUUUCAUUAGUUCCCGGUGAUAUAAUUGAAAUUCCACAAAACGGGUGUCUGGUUCAAUGUGAUGCCAUCUUACUAGCGGGAAACUGCAUAGUAAAUGAAAGUACAUUGACCGGUGAAAGUGUUCCAGUUACCAAAAUUCCCUUACCCGAUUCACCAUCAAAAGGUACGUUAUUCGAUAUCAAAGUUCAUGGUCGGCAUAUUUUAUUUGCUGGUACUACUGUUAUUCAAACAAGAAAUUAUGCAGAUGAGCGAGUUCUGGCUGUUGUUGCACGCACUGGCUUUUACACUGUCAAGGGUGAGCUUGUACGGUCAAUUCUGUUUCCGAAACCUCUAAAAUUCAAAUUCACCCAAGAUUCCCUCCGGUUUAUUUUUGCUUUGUCUAUUCUUGCUGUUAUUGGUUUGGGAGUUUCAAUCUACUUAAUGAUCAGAGCUAAUGUUGGUGUUGAUGACAUUAUCCGUCGAGCGUUAGAUUUAGUUACUGUGGUGAUACCACCAGCCUUACCUGUUGUGAUGACAGUAGGAGUUGUUCUGGCUCAACGACGCUUACUAUCGCAUGGAAUAUUUUGUGUCAAUCCAACCGUGAUCAGUGUUUGUGGAGUAAUCAAUGUAGCUUGUUUUGAUAAAACGGGCACUUUAACGGAAGAUGGUUUGGAUAUGUGGGGUAUCAUUCCUUAUGAAGAUGGUUUGUUUGCAGAUCCGGAAUUAGAACCAUCAGAGUUGGAUAAUGGUCCUCUAAUGGAAUGUUUAGCGACUUGUCACUCAUUGACAUUGAUUGAAGGAGUUCUGUGUGGAGAUCCUCUGGACUUAAAGAUGUUCCAGUCAACUAAAUGGGAACUCAUUGAAGAAGCUGCUGAUCACUGUAAAUUUGAAAUGGCUGUCCCUGCUAUCGUACGUCCAUCUAGUAAAACCAGUUUGACGGAAAAGAUUUCUGAAAAAUUCAAUGGUGAUGAUAUUCCAUAUGAAGUGGGUAUUUUACGGCAAUUUCCAUUCAGUUCUUCAUUACAACGUAUGUCUGUGAUUACUCGUGCUCUCAAUCAAAAUCAUUUCAAUAUCUAUACUAAAGGUGCACCUGAAACUAUUGAAUUAUUGUGCAGAUGUGAUACUAUACCUAGAGAUUUCCAUUCUACUCUAUUGGAAUACACACGUGAAGGUUAUCGAGUUUUAGCGUUAGCUUGGAAACCAUUGAAAGCAACCUAUACAAAAGUUUUACACGUAUCUAGGGAGCGCGUUGAACAGAAUUUACGAUUUCUUGGUCUACUGAUCAUGGAGAACCGUUUGAAACCGGAAACAACUCAAGUGAUUGAAACUUUAAGAUAUGCCAAUAUUCGACCUGUAAUGGUAACUGGUGAUAGUAUGUUGACUGCAUUGUCAGUAGCUCGAGAUUGCGAGAUGAUCGAUGAACUGGAUCGUAUUAUUCUUGUGUCUGCAAAACCACCACCAUUUCCUCGUCAUGUUCAAUCAUCUAGUCCGAAUGAUUCUGUAACUUGUUCUACCAAAGUUGAUCUACCCAGUGAUCAACCACACAGUCAUACUUCUUCAAAUCAUGUUAGUUUACCAUUUGUUUCGUUGACACAAUCACAAGGAACAAGAAACAACAAUAGACCACGUACACACUCAAGUUUUAAUGCAGCGAAUUCUUUAUUUGAGGAAAACUUCUUCAAUCAACAAUACGAUUCAUUAGUUGAAUUUCAUUAUGCUGAAGAUUUACACAAACCAGUCACUGAAGUGACAGCUACAACUGAAACAAGAACAACGAGGAAGUCUCAUAGAUCUCAACCUGUUAAUAAUACUUCGACUGAAACUGAUGUUGAUCCGCACACAUUCUCUGUAAGGAGUAGUAGGAAAUCUCGAAAAUUGAUGCAUCGCUUGUGUGAAGAUGUUCCGUGUGUUUCACGGGGAUGUGAACAGCAUUCCUCACCGUCUUCAAGUCCACUGACAGAUAUAACUGCGGUGCCUAAUGUUUCAGUGAAUGGUCACCCUCGUGCUUCUUCAUCCGGUCAACGAGAACAUCACCAUUAUGAAAUAAGAAGCAAUGGAUGUUAUUCGAAAGAUGAUUUGCAUUCGGUAUCAAGUCGUCGUUUGGAUCCCACUCAUUCUGUAUCUAUACGGAUGCUCGAUCGACCUGAUUUCCACCUAGCUAUGUCUGGUAAACGUGGGCGAUCAUACGAGAAUAUUAUCCUUGGCUUAUACCAAAGCUUGUAG